CCAUUUCGAAAAACCACCGCCCACCACAGCCUUAUCUUCACGCGCCGCCGCUCCCAUGGCUGACCGCGACCGAGACCGUGACCGCCUCCACCCUCACCAAAUCCAAGUCCACCCCCACCAGCAGCCCCACCGCUAUGACGGCGGCGCCAAGGCCCUCCUCCCGCGGAAUGGCCCCUCGACGGGCCAGGUGCUCGCCAUCAUCACCCUCCUCCCCAUUGGCGGCAGCCUCCUUGGCCUUGCCGGGAUCACGCUUGUCGGGAGCCUCAUCGGGCUGGCUGUCGCCACCCCACUCUUCGUUAUCUUCAGCCCCAUCCUCGUCCCCGCUGCCAUCCUGAUAGCCGGCGCCGUCGCGGCGUUCCUCACGUCUGGCGCCUUCGGGCUCACCGGCCUCUCGUCGCUGUCGUGGGUGUUCAACUCGUUCCGGCAGGCCACUGGGCAGGAGCCGUUCGACUACGCGAAGCGACGUGUGCAGGAGGGGACAAUGUACGUUGGCGAGAAGACCAAGCAGGUGGGCGAGACGAUCAAGAGCAAGGCGCAGGAGGGCGAGGGCGGUGCCGGCGUGCAUGCCACCACUGGCGCUGGCGCCGGUGGCCGGACUUGAAGGAAGGUGGAAAAUUUGGGCAAUGAGAGGGGAUUGAAUAAUAAUGUGCAGAAAUGCAGUCUUCAGUUAAAUUUGCUUGUGUUUUGUGUGUGUUGUAUGUGUUGAGUUUUGAUGUUUGAGUUUGCAGUUAAAUUUUAUUUGUUUGAUGUAGAUAGUGGUGUUUUGUUUGUGCAUGAUACAUUUUGUAUGACUGGGUGGAAUUAAUGCGGAUUU